AUGCCUAACAAGACCCUCGGCGUAGCCCAGGAUGCGACCCAGCAACAGAUUCGCACUGCGUAUAAGAGAGAAUCUCUAAAAAACCACCCAGACCGCGUCCCCUCCGACUCCCCCGAACGAAACCAACGCACGAAAAAGUUCCAAGAAAUCAACGAAGCAUACUACACCCUCUCAGACCCAACCCGCCGUCGAGACUACGACACAACCCGCGCCUACGAAUCCGCCGACGAAGAAGUCGACGACGAAACCCCUCCGCCCCGCGGUCCACCGGGUAGUUUCCCAUGGUCGAGCUUCGGAUUCGGCGAGCGCGAAACACGCUCAGCCGAUCAAUUCGGGUCCGUAUUUGAAGAAAUGAUGCGCGAGGAAGGAAUGGGUGAAGAAGAAGACAACAAUGGGCGACGCACCACUCGACCGACGUCUAAAUUCUGGGCUGUCGUUGGAGGCGUUAGUGGUGGUGCGAUCGGAUUUAUUGUGGGGAAUCUCCCGGGAGCGUUGGCCGGGGCUGUUGCGGGGAAUCGACUCGGUGCUGUGCGUGAUGCGAAGGGGAAGAGUGUUUAUGAGGUUUUUUUGGAAUUGCCGAGUUCUGAUCGGGGUCGGUUGUUGAGUGAGCUUGCUGCGAAGGUUUUUCAGUCUAGUAUGGGGGCAUAG